AUGGCGGAACCAAAAAAGAGAAGGACAGAAGUUUCCUCGGAUCCAGCCGUGUGGAUGAAGUGGCUGAAUGAAGUUGAAGAAGACGAGAUUGCUGGAACCUCGCUGGACUCCCGCCGGGCCGCGUGGCGCCUGUUGCUACUCGUCAUGCUCGUGCUGACGGUGCUGCUCAACAACUACUACGGCGCGUGCGUGGUAUCUUCGCUGCUCACGGAGCCCCCCAGCAGCAUCACGACCGUCAGGCACCUCAUCGACAGUCCGCUCGGCUUCGGCGCCGAGAAGAUGUUCUACAGCAGCAUCAUGUUCGAGCUAAGCAGCAACCCGUUGGUUAAAGAACUGUACAAUAAGAAAAUGCUGGGUCGCCACGGAGAGAAACCUGUGUACUAUACUCGAGAGGAGGGAGUGACGAAGAUGAUGCGCGAGGACUUCGUUUUCCACACGGAAGCGAUCCCUCUCUACGAGCUCAUCAACGAGAAGUACCACGGUGAGGAGAAGUGUCGCCUGACCGAAAUAAAAGUGUUUCCAUCACUCGACAUGUACAUCGUGGUCCCUCACAAGUCGCCGUUGAAAGAGAUGCUGAUGUGCGGGUUGCUUCGACUGAGCGAGAGUGGUGUGCUGGGACACAUGAAGUCCAAACUGAUUCCCAAGAAGCCAACCUGCUUGCCGGAAAGUGAAUUGUUCAGCGUAGAACUAGCAAAUGUUGUGCCAGCAUUCACCAUCCUGUUGUCUGGUGUCAUCGCGCUGACGUCACGGCCUGCCGGAGCGGAGGAACUAAUUACGACGGCGAGGGACAGCUGCAAGUGGCGCCGCGGCGUCGAUCUGCGGCGGCUGCAGCAACUAGAGAACUCUAAGACUCAUUGA